AUGCGGAUUCUGGUGACAGGAGCCACGGGCUUCCUAGGCACGGCGCUUGUAGCGCGGCUCGUUGAACUGGGACACAAUGUUCGGGUGCUGGUUCGGCGCAGCAGCGACGUGUCGGACCUGCCGUUGGCGGCGGAGCGCGCGUACGGCGACGUGACAGAUGGCGCGUCCGUAUUGGCUGCAGCGGAUGGCUGCGAGGCGGCGUUCCACCUGGCGGCGCUCGUGCAGGCGUGGUGGCCCGACGAACGCGCCUUCGAGCGGGUGAACGUGGGCGGGCUGGAGAACAUGCUGCAGGCGCUGCGAGAGACGGAGUCGCUGCGUCGCCUGGUGUACGUCUCGUCCUUCUUCGCCCUGGGGCCCACCGAUGGCUACAUUGGCGACUCUGACCAGGAGCACAAGGGCCGUGAUUUCUGCACGGAGUAUGAGCGCACCAAGUGGGAGGCGGAGCGCGUGGCGAGGCGGGCGGUGGAGAGCGAGGGGCUGGACGUGGUGCUCGUGUAUCCGUGCGUGAUCUACGGGCCCGGCAGGAUCAGCGCCUCCAACCUUGUCGUCAAGAUGAUUGCGGACCACUUCCAGGGCCGCCUACCUGGGCUUCUAGGCAGCGGGACCCGGCUCAACAACUUUGUGCACGUCAACGACGUGGUGCUGGGCCUGCUCGCCGCCCUCAACCGCGGCAAGCCCGGGCGGCGCUACAUCCUGGGCGGCGAGAACGCGUCCAUGCUGCAGCUCUUCCAAGCCGUGCACCGCGCCACCGGCAAGCCCCCCCCGCGCCUGCGCCUGCCGCUAUGGCUCGUGGCCGUGCUGGGGUGGGUGUCGGUGCUGGUGGCGAAACUGGGCGGGCCCAUACCCAUCUUUACUCACCAGUCGGUGCGGGCGUUCAACCACGACUGGGCGUACAGCAGCGAGCAGGCACAGCAAGACCUCGAGUACUCACCGCUCUCACUGGACGACGGCCUUGGAGACACGCUCACGUGGAUGCGCGGCGUGGGGGCUAUCAAGUACUAG